AUGCACCGCGGAACGCCGCGCGUGGGUGAGCGAGCCGAAUGGGCACCACUCCGCGCGGCGGAAUUAUUUUCAAGCACGCCUCGGGCUGAGGAAAGGUUCCUGACACCAUUGUCACAGCUUCCUGCGCCAGCAUGGGAUCUAGACGAGCCACCGUCCCCUGAGCCUGUCGCCGUAGCAUGGGAGGCCGACGACGGUGAUGUGGCCCUUGAAGUCGCCCCUAAGGACGCAGAGGUAGAGCCGAUCGUCAGGAAGCCACUCAGGCAUCUGUGUGGCCUUGAUGCGCUGGACCACAUGCAGUCCAGCAUCCUAGCGCAAAUGUCUCAACAUGCGAUGACGUCCGAGGACCUUGACGAGCUGUAUACGCUUGCCACAACCGCUGGCCUCGAGUCUGCCAAGUCGGAAUUUUCAGCGGCGGCUGCGAUUCCCGCUUUGCAGGAGUCCGUCCAGCUUCCUGAACAGGAGCGGCUAACGAUCAUCGUCACGAUGCAAAUGUCUACUGCAUUUGGUGGACUAGGGGGUCCGGAGGCUAGCAGUGAGCAGCGUCUCGUUCCAUCGCUCAUGAGCUCUCGAACGACGGCCGAGUGGGGCCCAAGCGUGCUUGGGCGCAGUGCAUGGCGCUUUCUCCUUACCUACGAUGACGUGCGAACACAACGCGCCGACGGUGCCCUUUCAGAUGCAUCGUACCCUUAA